AUGACGACCAGUUUGAAGAAGAAUCGGAAGAAGAGAGGCCACGUCAGCGCCGGCCACGGCCGAAUCGGGAAGCACAGGAAGCAUCCCGGUGGUCGUGGAAAUGCCGGAGGCAUGCACCACCACCGGAUCUUGUUCGACAAGUACCACCCGGGGUAUUUUGGUAAAGUCGGCAUGCGCUACUUCCACAAGCUCCGCAACAAGUUCUACUGCCCCAUCGUCAACGUCGACGAGCUCUGGUCUUUGGUGCCGCAGGAGGCGAAGGACAAGGCGGCGGCGAACAAAGGAAACGACGUGCCGUUGAUCGACGUGACGCAGUUUGGGUACUUUAAGGUGUUGGGGAAGGGUGUGUUGCCUCAGAACCAGCCUGUUGUGGUGAAGGCCAAGCUCAUUUCUAAGACCGCUGAGAAGAAGAUUAAGGAAGCUGGUGGCGCCGUUGUUCUCACCGCCUAG